AUGGGCAACACAACUGCUAAUCAGCGCCAACAUUGCUGCAAUGACCGGCACCAAAUCCUAGUACAAGCCAAAAAAGACCGGGUCGAUCGCAUCGCCUCUUGGAGGGCCGAAAACCAAGCUUCAGGCGAGUUGGCUUCCGUAGUUGAUGAGGGAAUCACUCAACUGGACGUGAUGGUCGAUCAGAACCGAGAAACUUGUGUCGAUGGAUUUGAGUCGGAUCCGGAUGAGAAUGAACUUGUACCUGAACCGGAAAUCGUCCCGCUUGAUAUCUUCGAGGAGGAAGAGUCGGAAAUCGAUGACAGAGAUGAGGACGCUCUCUGGAUGUCUUUCAUCAACAAUGCUGUUGGUCAGAUUUCGUCAGAACCGGAUGUGUUGUAUGGUACCGAUCCUUUGCCCUUGUUCCGCAUCGAAGAAGAAAACAUCAAUAAUGUAACUACAGAUAACUCGGCCUGGUUUCCAUUCCUGAAUAAAGAAUACUUGAUUGCCUCACUGCUGGUCGGGUACUUACAUAAACUGAUUUCUAGGGAUCUUUAUCAUCAAUUCCGACUUGUCCCCACCCUUUGCCACAUCAAACUCCCUCGAUGGGAGGCCGAAUCAGUCUUCGGUCAGCCUAUGUUUGGAUUAGACAUCAAGGAACUGAUAUCGGAUGAUCUGCGGAAUCCCUUGGUAGCACCACACCUCGAAUUUGUUCCAGAAGAAGCACAUGGAUCCAAAAUCUACAAGCUUUCCCAAUCUGCCAAAUGGCUCAAGCACCUUGACUCAGAUCUCUGA